CAUUAAGCCCCUUGCCUUCAUUAGAACACGUAGCAAGCGCUGGCUGGCUCCCUCUCUUGCCCUGGGAGGUUCCCGGGGUCGCAGCGGGCGACUGACCUCCUCAGCUCCCUCCGUGCCCGACCGAGGCCGGUGCGUCCGCGCAGCCUCCAGCGUCCCGCCUCUGCAGCGCCCCUGCGCCGUGCGAUGCCCAGGUUGAACUUGUCAGACGUUUCCAUGUGGAGUCUCUUCCCUGAGGCAGCUGCAGUGGCUGACUGGAUGACUGGCUGCUGGCUCAAUGAUCAGGAGAUUCACUGAGAUGACCUAGUGAAGGGGACGGGACAAUGUUGCAGAAGAAGAUCUGCCCCCAGUUACUUGACUACCUUGUGAUCGUUGGGGCCAGGCAGCCAAGCAGCGAUAGUGUGGCCCAGACCCCUGAGCUGCUCCGACGUUACCCUCUGGAAGACCAUUCAGAUUUCCCUUUGCCUCCUGAUGUGGUGUUCUUCUGUCAGCCGGAGGGAUGCUUGAGUGUACGGCAAAAACGCAUGAGUCUGCGAGAUGACACCUCCUUUGUCUUCACACUCACAGACAAGGAUUCGGGCGUCAUUCGCUAUGGGAUCUGUGUCAACUUCUACCGAUCCUUCCAGAAGCGAGUGCCCAAAGAGAAAGCAGAAGGCACUGGUGGGCAUCGAGUUCGGGAUGGACAAAAACCCCCCAAACCUGGGGAUGCUUCCGUUGCCCAAGAGGAGGUGGGCAAUGAGAGUUCGGAGAGUGGCUCUUCACUGCACACACCAAGCACAGAGUCCACUCCAGAUGUGAACCGGUCACCACGCAGUAAGCGUGUGGCCAGAGGCAGCCAUCACUCCCGGAACAGCACCCUGACUUCCCUGUGCAUCAUUAGUCAUUACCCCUUCUUCUCCAGCUUCCGCGAGUGUUUAUACAUCCUGAAGAGGCUAGUGGACUGCUGCAGUGAGAGGCUGCUGGGCAAGAAGCUGGGGAUCCCUCGAGGAGUGCAGAGGGAUACCAUGUGGCGGAUUUUCACAGGUGCUCUCCUAGUGGAAGAGAAAUCCAGUGCGUUGCUACAUGACCUGCGUGAGAUAGAGGCCUGGAUUUAUCGCCUGCUCCGCUCACCUGUACCUGUUGCAGGCCAGAAGCGAGUGGAUGUGGAAGUCUUACCACAUGAUUUGCAACCAGCUUUGACGUUUGCUCUUCCUGACCCAUCCCGCUUCACGUUGGUGGAUUUCCCCUUGCAUCUGCCCUUGGAACUUUUGGGAGUGGAUGCCUGUUUGCAGGUGCUGUCCUGCAUCCUGCUGGAGCACAAGGUGGUGCUGCAGUCCCGAGACUAUAAUGCUCUCUCCAUGUCCGUGAUGGCAUUUGUGGCUAUGAUCUAUCCACUAGAGUACAUGUUCCCAGUGAUCCCACUGCUCCCCACCUGCAUGGCUUCUGCAGAACAGUUACUAUUGGCCCCCACACCUUACAUCAUUGGGGUCCCAGCCAGCUUCUUCCUUUACAAACUAGACUUUAAAAUGCCUGAUGAUGUGUGGCUUGUUGACCUGGACACCAAUAAGGUGAUUGUUCCCACGAACGCAGAAUCUUUGCCAGUCCUGCCAGAGCCAGAGGCAUUAGAGCUUAAAAAACACCUGAAACAGUGUCUGGUUAGCAUGACUGCAAUCACUCAGCAACAGCUGCUCACGCCUGACAACAAGGCCUUGGCCAGUAUGAGUCUGAAUACCCAGCCUAUUCUUAACCUAGAGAAGUUCCAUGAGGGACAGGAGAUCCCACUGCUCAUGGGAAGACCUCAGAAUGGUCUACAGUCCACCCCUUCCACGGAAUUCAACCCCCUGAUCUAUGGCAAUGAUGUGGACUCUGUGGAUGUGGCCACCAGGGUUGCUAUGGUGAGAUUCUUCAACUCACCAAAUGUUUUGCAGGGUUUCCAGAUGCACACCCGCACCCUUCGUCUCUUCCCCCGGCCUGUGGUGGCCUUUCAGGCCAAUUCUUUUCUUGCCUCUAGGCCAAAGCAGACAGCUUUCGCUGACAAGCUGUCUAGGACACAAGCAGUGGAAUACUUCGGAGAGUGGUCACUCAACCCAACUAACUAUGCUUUUCAAAGGAUCCACAACAACAUGUUCGACCCAGCCCUGAUUGGUGACAAACCAAAAUGGUAUGCUCACCAGCUUCAACCAAUCCACUACCGUGUCUAUGAUAGCAAUUCCCAGCUGGCUGAGGCAUUGAGUGUCCCCAUAGAGAAGGAAACAGAUUCUGAACCUACUGAUGACAGUGGUAGCGACAGCGUGGAUUAUGAUGACUCAAGUUCUUCCUACUCCUCCCUUGGUGACUUUGUCAGCGAGAUGAUGAAAUGUAACAUUAAUGGCGAUACCCCAAAUGUUGAUCCUCUGACACAUGCAGCCCUGGGUGAUGCCAGUGAGGUGGAGUUUGAUGACUUCCAGGAAUAUUCAGGGGAUCUGGAUGCGCAGGCUCUGGACAGCGAGAGCUCCCUGGACAACAACCAGCCUCGCUCAAGUUCCAGCACUACAGCCAGUAGCAGCCCCAGCACUGUCAUCCAUGGGGUGAAUCACGAGUCAGCAGAUUCAGCGGAGAUGGAGGAGAAGAUGAUUGCUGGGUUUUCAAAUCACCUUCCCUCCUUGCCGCUGCAACCAAACUUCCCCAAGAUGAAUCUGGAACGUCGUGAUGGUGAAAGCCCAGCUGGCAGCAUGAGCUCUGUGGAGGGAAUGGUGAAGAAACGAGAGUAUGAUAAUCCAUACUUUGAACCACAGUAUGGGUUUCCUACUGAGGAAGAGGAUGAGGAACAGGAAGAGAGCUACACCCCAAGAUUCAACCAGAAUCUGACUGGGAAUCGGUCUCAGAAGCUACUACGUCCUAACAGUUUAAAGCUGGCCAAUGACUCUGAUGCGGAGUCGGACUCACGGGGCAGCUCCCCAAAUUCCACCAUCUCCAACAACAGCAGCGAAGGUUUUGGGAGCCUUAUGUCUUUUGCCAGCAGCCUGUACAGGAACCACAGCACAAGUUUCAGUUUGUCCAACUUAGCCCUACCAACCAAAGCUGGGAGAGACAAGAACACUCCCUUCCCCAGCCUGAAAGUAUUUGGGUUAAAUUCUAUAAUGGAGAUUAUUACUGAAGCUGGCCCUGUAAACAAUGAAGGGAACAGGAGGGCCCUGGUGGAUCAGAAGUCUUCAGUUAUUAAGCACAGCCCAACAGUGAAGAGGGAAUCUCCAUCACCUCAGGGGCGAACCAGCAAUUCCAGUGAAAACCAACAAUUCCUGAAAGAGGUUGUGCACAACGUUCUUGAUGGGCAGGGUGUUGGCUGGCUGAAUAUGAAGAGAGUCCGGCGUCUGCUGGAGAGCGAACAGCUCCGUGUCUUUGUACUAAGCAAACUGAACCGCACCAUCCAGUCAGAGGAGGAUGCUCGGCAGGAUGUCAUCCAGGACGUGGAGAUCAACCGCAAGGUUUACAAAGGGAUGCUGGACUUGCUGAAAUGCACUGUGUCAAGCCUGGAGCAGUCGUAUGCAAACGCUGGCUUGGGAGGCAUGGCCAGUGUCUUUGGCCUGCUGGAGAUAGCACACACUCACUAUUAUAACAAAGAACCAGAAAAAAGAAAACGAAGUCCAACAGAUGGAGCAGCCACUCCGAUUGGCAAGGACCCUGGUUUAGCCAUGAGGGCAGAACCGAAGCCUACAAUGAAACUGCCAGUGCCCCAGCUCAUGCCAAGGGUACCAAGCCCUGCAGGAAAAGGGACAAGGGAGUUUGACACAAGGAGUCUAAAGGAAGAAAAUUUUAUUGCUUCCAUUGAAUUGUGGAACAAGCACCAGGAAGUGAAAAAGCAAAAAGCUUUGGAAAAACAGAGGUCAGAAGGUGUGAAACACUUCUUUGAUCUGGGAGAGACAGACGAGAAAAAAUCCCAAAUCAGUGCAGACAGCGGCCUGAGUUUGACAUCAGGCUCUCAGAAGAGUGAUUUGGACUCUGUUGCCAGUGCAGGGCCGGCUGUUAUGAUCCGAAGCACAAGCCAGGAUUCUGAAGUUAGCACAGUGGUUAGUAACAGCUCUGGAGAGACAUUAGGAGCGGACAGUGACUUGAGCAGCAACGCUGGUGAUGGCUUCAGUGGGGAGAAUGGUGGGAACCUGACAGGAUCACGGAACACUGUAUCAGACAGUGAAAUUGAGACAAACUCUGCUACUAGCUCCAUCUUUGGUAAAUCUCAAAGCCUGAAGCACAGUGUGAAGGAUAUCAAGGGCAGCAGCCCGGGGAGAGCUCUGGAGGAUGUGAGCCUGCGGGUUUACCUCUAUGAAGGGCUUCUGGGGAGGGAUAAAGGAUCUGUCUGGGACCAGUUAGAGGACGCUGCAAUGGAAACCUUUUCUCUAAGUAAGGAGCGCUCAACACUGUGGGACCAGUUACAGUUCUGGGAAGAUGCUUUUCUGGAUGCUGUGAUGUUAGAGAGAGAAGGAAUGGGAAUGGACCAGGGACCUCAGGAAAUGAUCGACAGGUACUUAUCCCUGGGAGAACAUGACCGAAAGCGCUUGGAGGAUGACGAAGACCGCCUACUGGCUACACUACUGCACAACAUGCUUGCCUACAUGCUUAUGAUGAAGGUGAGCAAGAAUGACAUUAAGAAGAAGGUGCGUCGUUUGAUGGGGAAAUCACACAUUGGAUUGGUGCAGAGCCAGCAAAUAAACGAGUUACUAGACAAAGUGGCUAACCUAGGCGUCCGAGAGCUGUCUGUCCGGCCCAGCGGCAGCAGACACAUCAAGAAGCAGACGUUUGUAGUUCAUGCCGGGACAGAUACAACAGGAGACAUCUUCUUCAUGGAGGUGUGUGAUGAUUGCAUUGUGCUGAGAAGUAACAUUGGAACUGUGUACGAACGGUGGUGGUAUGAGAAACUCAUCAACAUGACAUACUGUCCUAAAACAAAAGUGCUGUGUCUCUGGAGGAGGAACGGCCAGGAGACACAGCUGAAUAAGUUCUACACCAAGAAGUGUCGGGAAUUGUAUUAUUGUGUAAAAGACAGUAUGGAGCGAGCAGCAGCAAGACAGCAAAGUAUUAAACCAGGACCUGAAUUGGGUGGUGAGUUCCCAGUGCAGGAUAUGAAAACUGGUGAAGGAGGGCUUCUGCAAGUCACGCUGGAAGGAAUUAACCUGAAGUUUAUGCAUAGUCAGGAGCGGAAGGUUUUCAUAGAGCUGAAUCACAUUAAAAAGUGCAAUACUGUGCGAGGAGUCUUUGUCCUGGAGGAAUUUGUUCCUGAAACUAAAGAAGUGGUGAGCCACAAGUACAAGACACCAAUGGCCCAUGAGAUCUGCUAUUCCGUGUUGUGUCUCUUCUCUUAUGUGGCUGCUGUUCGUGGGAAAGAGGUAGAAAACAAAAGCAAACCCCCUCGGCCAGUUUCCAGCUGAUCACAAUAUUGGGAAAUGCUUGCCCACUGGCACAUUGGUGUGUAAUACUCCCAUUUCUGUUGCUGUUACUGGAGCUCACAUUGCUGAUUCCAGUUAGAAUUUGGUUAUUUAUGUAUGAUCCUGCAAGUCCUUCCCCUUAGAAAAGAUUAAAACUUUCUUGUUCAUUCUCCUGCUGAAUUCAUUCUUACUGGAGUUUUUACACCAGCUGUGCUUAUCAGACAGUUCUGAGCAUCAGCAUCCAGCUAUAACUGAAGAUGGCUUGCUCUGGGCAAUCCUUUGGAAUUCCAUUUUCAAGAAGACUAAUGCAUCUGGAGUUCAGUUGUUUUUGUUUCCAGUGGUACCUGUGUCACAGGUUUCUUCACUUACAGCUGUAGGCCUCUGCUUUCAGAUUCUUCAAAAAAUAUGCACAAAGGAAGCAGCUUGGUCCUGCAUGGAUCACCUGUUGUUGUUUAACUGUGAUAGUUUGUAUUUAUUUUCCUUCUGUGUUUUCACACUUUACCCACCAAUUUGGAGUUCUUGCCAUAUGGCCCUCAAAUCUUUUCAGUAAAGAUGAGCAAUUUAGCUACCUUAAACUCCUCUGAAAUAGCCUACAAUUAGAUAUGGUGCUUUAAGAUUGAAUGUUAAAUGUAUAAAACUAUGGAAUUACUUCUUCUCUGGUGGGCGAAGGAUUGCUUGCUUUUAAUAAUGGAUAGGCACCAUGGAGGGGAGAAACUCGGAGGCUAUGCUUUAUGAAAUCCCCUUCAAACUGGUAUGCAUGUAACGUAUGUGUUUUUCAAAUGGGAAAUUAGAGCCACUCUGCUAACAUCCCAGGAGUGCAGUUAAUUAAUAUAUGCAUAUUGUGGUAGCUAGAGCAGUUAAUCUAAAUGUGUAGGAAUAAGUAAAGAGAGGUAAAAACUUAGAGAGAGUGAGUGCUAUUGGCUGAAGCAUAUGGCAAACUCAUGUAAUGUGGGAUUAUCACUACAAUCCCCCUAAAGUACUUCUAUUAGAGUCUGCGUACACUGGUUCUGUAGAAAACUUGCAGAAACCCACAAGCUUAUGCAAAGUGCAUUGUGGGGAUUCAACUUUUUGUGGUGAUGGUACUGUAAAUGCUGGUUCCAGAUUUUGUUUUUUUUAACUACUGCUUCUGUCAAACUGUACAUGUAUGUGUCAGAGUUUUGCAAAUACUGUGUAAUGAAGCACCCUCAGUUAAAGUAUCCAUCUCACACCUUAUUUUAAGUAGGCUGAGAAUGGAUGUUUGAACACUGUUUGUUCUUUAUGAACUGUACUGGACUCUACCGGGGGGGAAAGCCCCUGAAAUGCUGGAAGGAGAGAGGAUCUAGAGAAAAUAAUCUUAAAUGUAAAAUAUCUGAUGGAGUGCUCUAACACAAGCUGGAGUGCUAUCUGAUUUGACACAGGCCUCUGAGUAGUUGCACCCAGAAAUAAUCCUGUUUGGCUUAGUCAGGGUAUUUACCAUUUUGAGUGGAAUGCGUGAGGAAUGGAUGAAGAAAUGAUGUAAAUAUUCUAGGACCGUAUCUAUUUAUAGAAGACUGUACAGCUAUCUGAAUGUGAAAAUAAACUAUCAUUUAACCACUGA